UACUACUUUUCAUUUUCAAUUUCAUUCUUUUACUAAACUUGACAAACACUAUCUUCAACAGCAAUAUAAUUUGCUGCUAAAGCUGGUCUUUACCAGGUUUCAACAGCUCUCUCUUUAAGCCAUCAAAGUUCAGGGCCAGCCAAGUAUGACCAACCUUUUAUUCUGAAAUAUUUCUUAGAUGGUCUCAGUUCCUUGCUGUACAAUCUGGGCAUGAAUCAUCAUAGCUUUGAGGCUGGUAGGCUUAUUUGCCUUAAGAUUCUUUCAUAGGCAAUUAUGGAGGCAUCAAAGUUCUUAAAAAUGAGAUUCUGAUUGCUGUGGGGCAUUUCUUUAAGCUUUAUUUCCGUUAUCGUCUUCUGCAAAUUUUGGUCUCUGUUGGUGCUAAUUCAACUCUAAGUUGAAGUUGAGGACAUUUUUUUAGAGUAUUCUUGAAACAGACAAUCGAGCUAUCAUAGCAUCAGAAAUUAUGAUAAUGAAUUCUCCAUUAUGUGCAUUUCACGGUGGAUCCAUUGGGAGUUUAUAUCUAGAUUCUUUCAAUCAUUGCUUUGAGCACUACUAUUUUAGAGGUCAACAUUCAUAAAUAUAACGUGCCAUUUCAAGUGGUCAUGGAUGCUCUGCAAGCUGUUGCUGCAGCAACACAAAUAGUUUCAAGUAUGGUGGGGGCUGUUGGUGCAUUAGAAGUUGCCACUAGGAAUCUUGAAGAAGCUCCUAAGAGAAUUCGAAGCCUUCAGGAUUUUGUUUCUGAUCUUGAGAAUUUGACACGUCGAGUUAAACAAAAAUAUGUCUACAAGGUUCAGAACCCCCAAUUAGAUCACCAACUUCAGAGUUUGAAUGCCCUGAUAGAAAGGCUGCAUCCAAAGAUCGGGAAGGCAAGAAGGAUCAUGUCAAAGAGUAAAAUCAAGAACUUAGCUCAUGUAGUGUGGGCUUCUAUGGCUGGAGACCCCCUUAGGAAACUAGUACACUCAAUCAAGGAUGACUUGAAUUGGUGGCUUGAGUCUCAAAUGUUGGCUAAAAACAUUGAGAGUGUAAUAGAAUCAACUGCACAAGAUGUCCCAAUACGAUUGAAGGUUAAGGCUGAACGAGGCUAUCCUAUAUCUAGUAAAUCUAUUUAUGUGAGAAAUUUGCUAGAAUGGGAUGAAUCUCAUCGAGUCAUUCUAAUCGUUGGCUUAUCUGGUAUCGGAAAGUCAUGUUUGGCUCGUCAAGUAGCUUCAGAUCCUCCUGAAGUAUUUAUGGGAGGGGCAGUUGAGCUUGGAUUUGGACAAUGGUGUAGUAGAGCUGCUUGCAAUGGAAGUAAGUCUGAUUACCACAAGCGGUUAGCCAGAAAAAUCAGUAACUUCUUGGUGCAGAUAGGGUUUUGGAAAAAUAUUAAGGAAGAGAAUAUUGGAGAUCUUGACUAUCUUUGUUGCUUGCUUCAAGAAGCCUUGUAUGGAAAGAGCUUAUUGAUCCUUCUUGAUGAUGUGUGGGAGCAAGACAUAGUUGAGAGGUUUGCAAAGCUGUAUGAUAACGAUUGCAAGUAUUUGGUAACAACAAGAAAUGAAGCUGUCUAUGAAAUAAUGGAAGCCGAGAAAGUAGAGUUGAGCAAAGAUGAUAUAAGGGAGAUAAGCAAAGCAAUCCUUCUCUACCAUACUCUCCUUAGAGAAGAAGAGUUACCGGAUAUAGCUGAAAACUUGCUCGAGCGUUGUGGUCACCAUCCUCUAACGGUUGCUGUUAUGGGUAAAGCUCUCAGGAAAGAGGUAAGAGCUGAAAAAUGGGAGAAAGCCAUCACAAAUCUAUCCACCUUUGCCACUUGUGCACCAGGUCCUGUCUCAUAUGUAAAUGAGAAAGAAGCUGAGAAUACCCUAACAAUUUUCGGGUCAUUUGAGUUCAGUCUUGAAGCUAUGCCUGGAGAUCCCAGAAGGCUUUUCAUAGCUCUUGCUGCACUUUCAUGGGCAGAACCUGUUCCAGAAACUUGUCUAGAGGCGAUGUGGUCAAUUCUUGGGCAGAAAAGCAUGUUCCCUCUAAUAGUGUGCAAGCUUGUUGAAGGCUCAUUGCUUAUGAAAGAUGAUACAGAUCCCUUAUACCAUGUGCAUGAUAUGGUUUCUUUGUUCCUUGAUAGCAAGAAAAGUGAUUCAGUUCAGACACUAUUAAGUGAAUCAGAAACUGAAGAAAUUGCAUUUAUUUGGCCUUGGCUUCUUAUUUUUGGGAAAGAGGACAUCAAAAAAAUUGCAGAGCAAAAGGUAGAGUAUAACCUCAGUGUUUUAGGAGAGAACCAGGCAAUUAUCACCUUAGAAGCUAUCCUGCAGGCUCUAAUGGCUAGCAAAUCAAUUUCUGAACUUGAUGCUAGCAGAGCCAACUUCAGUCACAUAUUGGGGCCGAGGAUUGCAAACCUCAUCUCUACAGACUCACAGAGUCUAAUUGCUGUGUCUGCAGAAGCUAUCACAAAUAUAUUUUGUAAGGCUGAUUAUUGCAGUUAUGUUCCAUCCCUUGAAUUUACUGGAGCAGUUGAUAAGUUGGCAGGUCUAUUAGAAAAAUGUGAGGAUCCAAUGAUCCAAACCAACAUUUUAAAUGUCCUCACAAAGCUUGCAGAGUUUGGAAGUCCAGAGACAGUUGACAAGGUGCUUGAGAGCAUUCACUUUGAUCAGCUUGCCAAUUUGCUCUCUCAUAAUGCUGAAGAAUGGCUCGAGAGCAUGUUUGCUAUUUUGAUGUCAUUGAUCAAAGCUGGAAAAUCAAAAGCUGUUGAGAAAAUUUUUGCCUUUGGGAUUGAGAAGAACCUUAUUAAACUUCUUGAGAAUGGAUCAGAAGUAAUACAAAACCAUGCAAUUGUCACAUUGAAGGCAUUUUAUGAGCUGGCUGGCCCUCAUGCUAAUGGUUCCCUUUGACCUGCUAAUUUAAGCCUUUUGCCAUGGCAAGCAAGGCUUCGUUUGGAAAGAUUUGUUUUGUCAGACAGAAGUGUUCCCCAUUCCCUGAAGCCUCAAACUUUUGAAGAUGUCAUUCAUAGAGUACUAGAAAGUGAUAUCAAGCAGGUAUUAGAAGCAAUGCAAGAUCUCAUACCAUUCCUCGAGAAAGCAGGUGAUCCGAAAAUGAGGGAAAUGAUUUUACGAAGCCCACUUAUAGAAAAACUAUCAGAGCUUAUGCAAUUUGUGCAUCCAGAACAAAAUUCAAUGAGAUCUGGAUCUGCCUUCUUACUGACAAAGCUUGCUUGCACAGGUGGGGAACCUUGCAUAAAGAAAUUUAUGGAGUAUGACAUUAUUCCUGUUCUAGUUAAGCUAAUGCAAUGCAAUGCUGUUGAGGUCCAGGAUUCAGCCUACACAGCUUUACACCAGAUACUCUUCAGUAAUGGUGGGUUCCUUGUUUUGAAUAAAAUCAUGCAGAUGGGUCUAAUAGAAAGGAUUGCUCAGUCACUUGAAAGCAGAUCGAUGAAGACACGGGAAGUGAACAUGCACUGCAUUAUGGAUAUCAUUGAAUUAGGAGACAAAGCCUGUUUAGAGCGGAUGCUAUCACUGCAAGUGGUGGAGAAGCUUGUGAAAUUAGAAAAAUCCAAAGGUGGCUCUGGCAAAACCCUGAUAGAAUUUCUCAAGGGGAUGGAUAAGUGCAAGCGUCUUUCAAUAGCUGAACGUAAGGUGAUGAAGCAGCAAGUAGUUCGGAAUGUAAGAACUGUAUUAAAAGGACAUAAGUUUGAAACUCAGAUUGUUGCUGCAUUAGAUACCUUUCUAUCCGAGGGUUUGAGAGGUUCAAGUAGUAAUAGCAGUAGCAGUAAACACAGAAAGUAAAUGAUUAUUUCAAUAUAUGACUGUAUCCAGGCUUGCUUUUCAAAGCUUGAGGUCUUCUGUAAAAUUUUAUUUGCAUUAUAUCAAUUCAAAAAAUUAAUAUUGUUCUUUGUCAA